CUCCUGGGGGGCGGGGGGGGGCAGGCCUGGUGUAGCGGGUCUGACAGGCCCCCCAGGUGGGCGUGUUUCGUUCCAGAACCUUUUGAGGGCAGGGACACAGUGUGCGCUUACUAUUCCAGGCAACUGCACCUCGUGGUUUUGUUUUGUAUUGCUUUUCACGUGCUUGGUACGGGCAGCGUUGAGUCAUUCAUAGUUCGCGGUUGUCAGCGAGCACUGUCUCCGAGUCCACGCCCUGCCUCUAUCCGUGGCGCAGGCGUGCCUCGUACUUAUAGCAGCCCCUCGGUGCCCACUUGAGUCAACAUGUCCUGAUGUCCUGGAGUGUGUGUGAGCUGCUUUCCCUCGGCCUCCCGCCUGACGGACCACUCCCCUCCCUCCACUGGCGGUUACUCUGCCUGGCUCCUGAGCCAGACCCUGGAAACCUGUGAUGACUUCUUUUACUUACCUGUUAACCAUCGUCUCCUGCAGUUUCGCCGGAAACUCCAUUGGGCAACUUGCCUCUAAGCAUUCAUCUACAAGGCUUUCUUCUGCAUUCAGUUCCUGUCAGCAGCCAGCUCCUGUGACCCCUCCCUCCAUGAAGUUUUCCCAGCCUCAUGCAUCCCUCUGGCCACAGUCCUCUCUGAACCAGCCUCAGCCCCUGGGCUGGGCCUGUCUGCCUUACCUUGGCCAUGGCCUCUUGGCCCGCACCCUGACCCCUCCUUUCCUGCAGGUCCCUCUUGUUGGCUACAAGAAGACACCCAGUACAACAAUGCCAUCCCCACUGGGCCCCCCACGCCUGCCCUCUGUGGACCCCGUGGCCACUCUGGAGGAGCCCGAGGCAGCACGCCUACGUUUCCGGGGCUUCUGCUACCAGGAGGUGGCAGGCCCCCGUGAGGCCCUGGCCCGGCUGCGAGAACUGUGUCGCCAGUGGCUGCGGCCAGAAGCAUGCUCCAAGGAGCAGAUGCUGGAGCUGCUGGUGCUGGAGCAAUUUCUGGGCACGCUGCCCCCUGAGAUUCAGGCCUGGGUGCGGGGCCAGCGGCCGGGCAGCUCUGAGGAGGCUGUAGCCCUGGUCGAAGGCCUGCAGCAUGACCCUGGGCAGCUACUGGGCUGGAUCACAACCCAUGUCUUGAAGCAAGUGGUGCUUCCAGAGGCACAGAAGAUAGAGGAGUCCUUGGGGAGACCCCACCCUUCAGGGACAGUGGAACUUCUCAGGGCCACCUCUGGGGAGGAACCACAGGACACCCAGAUGGAAGGGUCUUCCCAGCUCAGCUGCAGUGUGAAGGAGGAGCCUGAUGCUGAUGGGCAGGAGAUGGCACCUUGCAGCCCCCCACAUCCAGCCCAGUCCCGUGAGGGGUACCCAGCACACCGGGAAGCAGCCUCCACAUCCUUCCGACCACCCAGGAUUCAGGAGGAGUGGGGGCUUCUGGACCGGUCACAGAAGGAACUGUACUGGGACGUGAUGCUGGAGAAGUACGGCACGGUGGUCUCCCUGGCAGGGCUACCGGCACCCCCACCGGAGUCACGGGUUGAGUCGGAGCCAGGGGUGCUGCGCUCGGGGACAGAGGGUCAAAGAAGCCUCCACCCGGGAGAUGAGAGUGAGAGCCACCGCGACGGUCCACCCCACUACCCAGAGUCCCAGCCACCCCAGGUCUCCAGGCCUGUCACCUGGGAGGGCCCAUCUGGGGCCUCCAUGUCCCCCAGGGCUACGGUGGGAGCAGUGCUGGAGGCCGGUGCCCCACGGAGGAAGCCUUACACCUGUGAGUUGUGCGGCCGAGGCUUUGACUGGAAAUCAGUGUUUGUCAUCCACCACCGGACGCAUGCGGAUGGGCAGGCCGUGCGGACGCCGGCGCCGGCUGUCGGGGGCGUUCAGAAGCUGCUGCCAGGCUCCCGGGAGCCGGGUGCACCCCGCCACCCCCGGCGCACGCCCCCGGGCCCCCGAAGCUAUGCCUGUGAGGACUGCGGGCGCAGCUUCAGCUGGAAGUCUCAGCUGGUCAUCCACAGGAAAAGCCACACAGGCCAGCGGCGCCACCACUGUGGUGACUGCGGCCGCAGCUUCGACUGGAAGUCCCAGCUGGUCAUUCACAGGAAGAGCCACCGGCCGGAGGCCCCGUGAGCGGCUCCAGAAGGCAGCCUCACUGCGGGAGCCGUGGAGCCUGCGGGACCUGGACACAGUUCCUGGGAAUCUGGCCCCAGCCUCUCUUGGUCUCUUCUGUGUGGGACACUUGGAGGCAGCAGAGGACACUCGUGAAUCAAUUCCCAGGCGAGGCCCCUGUCCCCGGUUCAGUGUCCCCAAAACAGCCAUCUGGGUGUAAGUGAAAGCACCCACUGCUCCCUCGAUAGUCUGGUGAGGCCUGGGCUGCGAUAAAGUGCCUCAGCCCGGUGACUUCCAGGCUCCGAGGCCCCCCGGUGGUGACCUCGGCAGGUGGACCAGGCAAGGGCUCUCCCGACCUCUGGGACUUUAUUGGCCCCAGGUGGCUGCUUAAAAAUUGCUCCUUUCUACUCCUCAAGCUGCUGAGCCCGAUGUCUCGGUGUAGACGGUACAGAAAGCUCAGGGGAGCAUGCCUGGCUUCUGUUGGCAGACGGAUGGAAAACUCAUAGCCCUCCACAGUUUAGAUUUGUCACAAAUUCCAUUUUUGUAAUGGGGAGUUUCUACGUGAGAAUCCUGACCUCUGCUUUCUUGCUGGCCAGAACAUCAGCAGUGGCAUCCCUCCUGCCUGGCAGCAAGACCACAGAGCAGCCGUGCCCGCGAGAGGGGCCAGCAGCCCUGGUCUCCUGACCCACCUGUUCUUGGGUCGCCCACGUCACUCCCUGGCCUCCUUGUCCUUUGAGCCCUCAAGUCCCAGGUUGAGGGGACACCAAGGGGACCUCGUUUGCAAGUAUGGAUGGACAAGGAGGGUCCACAAACAUGUCACAUAGGCCAUGUGACUUAAAAGUAAUUAUUGUUCACUUAGAAGACUUUGAAAUACAUAAGAGGGCAGAGAUUAUGAAAAUGACCCCUAA